AUGCUGUCCAAAACUCUGUUGCUUGGCGGCUUGGCGGGCUUGGCCGCGGCUCAAUUUCCUCCUACACCAGAGGGCGUCAAGGUCAUCAAGUCCAAGUUUCAUGAGAAUGUCACCAUUUCCUUCAAAGAGCCCGGACUUUGUGAAACUACACGCGGCGUCAAGUCGUACGCUGGUCACGUCCAUCUGCCGCCGGGUCUCUUGGAUGAUGCCUCGGGCGAGAAGCAGGACUAUCCCGUCAACACGUUCUUCUGGUUCUUUGAGGCUCGCCAUGACCCAGAAAACGCACCCCUAGCCAUCUGGCUCAACGGGGGCCCUGGAGGCUCGUCCAUGAUCGGUCUGCUUGGGGAAAACGGCCCUUGCUUCAUUGAUGACGACUCCAAGACUCCAAUCCACAACCCAUGGAGCUGGAACAACCACGUCAAUAUGCUUUACAUUGACGAGCCCGUCCAGGUCGGCUUCUCCUACGACAUCCCCACCAACGUCACCAUCUACACUGGCGGCGAGGAAGUCAAGAUUGUUCCCACCGACUUCUCCAACGGACUGCCCGAAGUCAACCUCACCACACACAUUGGCACUCUCCCCAGUCAAAAGUCGUCUCACACCACCAACAGCACCCAGCAGGCUGCCCAUGCCCUGUGGCAUUUUGCCCAGACAUUCUUCACCGAGUUCCCGCACUACAAGCCCAAUGAUGACCGCAUCAGCAUGUGGGCAGAGAGCUAUGGCGGCCAUUACGGACCGGGGUUCAUGCGUUUCUUCCAGCAGCAAAAUGAAAAGAUCCUCAACGGCACAAUUGACGUUGAGCACGCCCACUACCUUCACCUUGACACUCUGGGCAUCGUCAAUGGGUACUUGGAUGCCGUUAUCCAGGAAGAAGCGUCCAUCAUCUUUCCAUAUAACAAUACGUUCGACAUCAAGGCAAUCAACAAGACUGUCUACGAUGAGCUAAUGCACAAUUUUACCCGCAAAGGAGGGUGCCGUGAUCAAAUCGUUAAAUGCCAAAACGAGCUUCUCACCCUCGACAAGAACGCCCUCAGAAUGGCUCGCGAGUUGCCUUCUGAGCUGUGCCCCGACAUGGAAGACCAGUGCAUCUUGGCCGGCGAAAAGGCUUUUGAGAACAACAACAAUGCCCGUUUCGACAUUUCCCAUCCCAAGGCCGAUCCGUUCCCGCCUCCCCACUACAUCGGCUACCUGGCGCAAGAGGAAGCCCUCCGUGCUCUCGGCAGCCCCAUCAACUUCACCAUGUCUUCAGAGACUGUGGCCCUCAACUUUGUCGGCACAUUAGACGAGGUGCACGGCGGGUUCCUCGACGCGGUGGGCUAUCUUCUCGAUUCCGGUGUCAAGGUCCACAUGAUGUAUGGUGAUCGCGAUUUUGCAUGCAACUGGAUUGGCGGUGAAAUGUCCUCUCUUGCCAUUCCGUACUCCCGCGCAAAUGACUUCAAGAAGGCUGGGUAUACCCCUCUGCUGACGUCUGAAGGCGUUGGCGGUCUCACCCGUCAAUUCGGCAACUUUAGCUUUACCCGUGUCUACCAGGCAGGCCACAUGAUUCCCAUGUAUCAGCCCGAGGCUGCGUAUGAAAUCUUCAUGCGAGCGCUGUUCAACCGUGAUAUCCCUACUGGCUUGUUGCCUGUGCAUGAUGAGUUGUCGACCGUUGGGCCCUCGAGUACAUGGCAUGUCAAGCAGGCUCCUCCCAAGGCGCCGGAGCCCAAGUGCUACAUCUUGGCGCCUGAGACGUGCACGCCUGAAGUGUGGGAGAAGGUGAAGAGCGGCAAGGUGACUGUGAAGGAUUACUUUGUGGUUGAGGAUGCGGCCGAGGUUGGCGAUGGCGAGUUGUAA